GAAAUGAAAUUCGAUGGCUCAGAUUAAUAAGGUGAGGAUUAUCUUGAUCCUACUAUAAAUACUUCUAAGUAAUAGGAAACAAAUAAUUGUUCAUAAUAAAGAACAGGUCAUUGGGAUGACCAUGAGCACGCUAUAUAUUUAGAAUUUUUAUAAAAUGUCAGAGGUGCGGACGGCUCAUACAAGAAAGGAUAACCAUUAUUUAAAAAAAUGAGUGAGAUUAUAGGAACUAGAUCACCAAGCCAAUGCAGGUAUUUUAUAAUUAAAAUCUAGAUCCCAUCAUUAAAAAUUCAACCCUUACAACUAACUAAUAAAGAAAAGCAAGAAGAAAUGUUUCAAAAAUAGAAUAAAAGUAUAGAGCAAACCAAUUUUAAGGAGUAAAUAAAUUAUGAGGAAAUAUUUUGCCUUAAUUAGAGAAACAACUGAUGAAGAAUGAC